AUGUUGAUCAGACGGGCUAUAAUCUCUAAGAAUACUGACGAUGAUGACUUAAUAGAUGAGAAUAGGCCGCGUGAUGGUCGUCGAGGACCAAAACGACCACGAACUAUAUUAACAUCAACACAACGACGUCAGUUUAAGGCUUCAUUCGAGCUAUCUCCAAAACCAUGCAGAAAAGUCCGGGAAGCUCUUGCUAAAGACACAGGUCUCAGUGUUCGAGUGGUUCAAGUCUGGUUCCAAAAUCAGCGAGCUAAAAUGAAAAAACUUCAAAGGAAAGCAAAACCCGAUUCUGGCAUUGACAAAGAAUCCAAAGAAGAUCGCAGAACAGAUAGUCCACACAGUGACCAUACGCUUUUAGCGCUUUUGCUAUCAGCAUGGGGUAAAUUAAUGAACCUGAAGUUCCGAAUGUUCGAUGCCAACGAAUUUUCAAUUUCCUUGAAAGCAGAAAAACAUAUUGUUAACAGCAAAAUAAGGUACUAA